AUGUCUUCCCCAGGACGGGCGGAAGACCAGGAUUCGUCCGGUGUCGAACCAGAUGUUGUUAUUGAAAAGACUCGUACGCUGAACAUCGAUGAUGUAGAGAAUGAAACCAUGGCUGAUACCUUUCGAGAAGGAGCCACAAGCGGUCUUUCGGGUAUGGGUGAAAGUGAAGUUUCAAUGCUAUCUGAAGCACCACCAAGCACAAUAGCUAAUCAACCAUUUCCUGCAACAAGUACAAAGGUGUAUUAUCAUAUUGAUGAUGAACCCACUCCUUACCUCACUGAAGUACACGUUCCGCCUGAUUUGAUAACAUUAGGAGAUGUUAAACGAGUACUUAUGCGAUCAAAUUUCAAGUAUUACUGCAAGGCUCUCGACCAAGAUACUGGGUGUGAAGUGAAAGCAGAAAUACGUGAUGAUAUGGAGCGAUUGCAUCGUUCAUCAAAUGGUCGUUUCGAGUUGUUCCUGCUUACCACCGAGGGUUCCACACAUUCCGAUGGUUCAUCAGGACUUCCCAAGACUGCGCGGCAUCAUAUGGUGCCAGGACCAGCUCCAACGAGCAUGUAUCACCUUAGCCAAAAUGCAUAUCGUCAAGCCGUGCAUCAAUAUGAUAAUAGUUUACUAAGUACGGACUCAGAGUCGAUGGUUUCUGCACCGGUUCCUCAGUACAUGAAAGGCAACCUAAACAGGAGGCAUGUACAGCAACAAUAUAUUGUCGAACGUCGCCAGUCACAGCGCAGCGUUGCACCCAUGAUGAAUCCUCCAGGGCAACCAGCAUUUCAAAGUAAAAGUCGAGUAGCGCAAUUGGUCUCACGAUUGGAAAACGCUUCUAAGAAGCCACCCUUGGCUGUACCAGAAGUGAUUGAUUCACUCGAUGAGUCCAAGAAGGGUAAACGGAAAUAUGUAAGACAAUUAACAAGCACCAGGAUUCUGCAUAGUAUAUUCGGCCGUGACAGUGACAAGAAAAAACCCGACCUACCAUUGCCGGACAGCAAGGUAAUUGCUCUCACUGGUCCUGCUGUUCGUGAGCCGGUCCUUUUACGAGCUAAGCAAAAUGGGGGAUCACUCGGAAGAAGAUCAGAAAGCGCCAAAGACGCACUUAUGGAAUCGUCAAAGAUCAGAAACCUCAUUAAAAAGAGGAGAUCGGAGGGCUCCUUUACAAUGUCAGGCAAUGAAGCAUCGAAAAAGCAAAGUACAGAGGGCUGCGAACAGUCAGAUCGUUUUUCAUUACGCAUGGAAUCAUCACGUUCGAGCUCCGCCUUUUCUGAUGUUUCACGGCGAGAGGCUGAGCUGAAAGAGGUCAAAGCCAUGAUUCGUCCUCCUCACGAAUCUCGCAUUGUUGAUCGUCCUACUCCGUCUAUUGAUACUGACAGGAAGAAGUCAUCAGACCAUGAGGCUUCGACGACAGCUCUUCCGGAGGAGUGUCAAUUCCCGUUAAAGAGGCGUCCAUACAACACCAUUGCAGGUGGUCCUUUGAUGAAAUGUGAAAGAAUGAUGUUGCACUCAAGGCCGCUUAGUAGGACUAUGACUGCGGUGGAAAGCAAGAUUCUGCCACCGCUCUAUGAAAAUGGGACGCCAUGUGAAGAGCAGCAGAAUAAGAGGCGUAUGAAGAGGUAUAUGGGAAGUCAUACGACCAGCGCUUUCCAAGGAAAAAAUUUUUUAGGUCAUCGAGGGCGUCGAUUUGAAGAUUCCACGAUUGGGUCGGAAAGUGACGCGCGCAUUUUCUCAGAUGACGAUGACAGGGGGUCGACUACGACAGAUAUCACGUCCGUCUCGCGACAACAUGAAAAUAUGUAUCGCAAACAACGACGGCGUCGACAGUAUCGGCGACCGUCGAGAGCAUCUUCGUUUUCAAGUAUAACGGAAUCCUCUAUGAGCCUCGACGUGGAUACCGUUAUUCUCAACAUGGACACCGUUAACUUUCUAGGAAUUUCCAUCGUUGGACAGAGUUCUGCACGUGGAGAUAAUGGGAUCUAUGUAGCGAAUAUUAUGAAAGGAGGCGCAGUUGCACUGGAUGGACGAAUCAGUGCUGGUGAUAUGAUAUUGCAAGUGAAUGAUAUCUCAUUUGACAACUUUACCAAUGAUCAAGCUGUAGAUGUCCUGCGUGAUGCUGUUGCUCGAAAAGGACCAAUCAAGCUCACCGUGGCAAAAUGUUUCGACAGCGGCCCGAAAAGCUGCUUUACGAUUCCCCGAAAUCACAGAGAUGAGCCAGUAAGACCUAUUGACACGCAGGCAUGGAUCCAACACACAAAUGCUAUGCGCGGCAUGCCAAGCAUCCUUGAAGGUUCCGAAGGCGCUCCGACUCCCAUACCUGGUGACUGGCCUCAUGGGCGACCACCAAGCAGUUCCACGGUGACGUCAACAGGAUCAAAUGGACAGAAUACAGUGGUGACCGGACAACAUAUUCGGUUGGAUAUUCACACAGACAAAAAGAAGGUCGUUGAAGUGAUGGCCAUGCCGAACUCAGGGCUUGACAUCAAAAAUAGGACAUGGCUAAAGAUUCCUAUUCCGAUGUCGUUUUUAGGCAAAGAUCUGCUCGAUUGGUUGUUAGCUCACGUUGACGGUCUGCUGGAACGAAAAGAUGCUCGGAAGUAUGCGGCUGAAUUGUUGAAGCGCAAGCUCAUUGCGCAUGUUGUUAAUAAAAUAACUUUCACAGAGCAGUGUUACUAUGUGCUUGGAGAAGAGUGUGCAGGUAUAUUCCUAUAUUUCGCACGUUACCGAGCACAUCCCGAAGACCUGGUCGCCCAUCAGCACGCUGCCGCACAGCAACGAAUGCAAUGGACGACGGCUACUGGACCCGGCGGCGCAAAAGCGCCGGCAUCGAUGGUAAGCGGGUAUGCAUCAAUGCCAGUCUCGCCUUAUCCUCAUUUUACUGUGGCAGGUGGUGGCCCCGCGACACAUCGGGCAAGUGGACCCGACGUGAGAUCACAAGCAAGUGGUGGGUCAGGUGAAGGCAGUGGAUCGGGUAGCGAUCAUAAAAGGCAACGUACAGUGGUGAUUCCAGCGGCACCAUCAACAUCGGCGAUUCCAUCGCGGUUAGAUGAGUUGCCUACAGAUCUUGCAGCUAGUCGGCAGUCGUUUCGUAUGGCAAUGAAUCAUCCUUAUGAGUUUUUUGUUGAUAAUUUAUAA